AUGACUUAUUAUAAGCAGUAUGCUAAGAGUAUUGAAUUUGAGGUGAUGACAAGAAGGACUGAGAAGGGAGAUGAUGGGACUGUCAGAUAUGCCACCCUCGGUUGUGCCCAAGGUGGGAAGGCCCGUAAUAGGACGUUGAAUGUCGCCAGGCCAUGUCCAACAGGAAAGACGGAGUGUAAGGCAAAGAUUAAUAUCUUAAAAGUUGACGGAAAGUUUCAGUUGACAACGGUUAAUAACAUUCAUAACUACGGCCUUAGUCCAAAAAAAUUCCGCUUCUUUCGAUGUAGUCGAGAAGUUAGUGAUUCCGUAAAAAGAGUCUUAGAUACAAAUGAUCUGAUUGGUAUCCGAAUGAAUAAGAGUUUUGGAUCUCUUGUCGUUGGCGCGGGAAGUUUUGAAAACCUCCCGUUUUUUGAAAAAGAUUGUCGGAAUUACAUCGAUAAGGCAAGAUAUUUAAGGCUUGGCGCUGGUGGUGCUGGAGCACUUCAGGAAUAUUUUUUACGGAUGCAAUACAAGAAUCAUGGGUUCUUUGCGUCGAUGGAUCUAGAUGAUAACGGGAGGUUGAAGAAUGUCUUCUGGGCAGACCCUCGUAGUAGGGCAGCCUAUGAAGAUUUUGGUGACAUGGUUACAUUCGACACCACAUAUUUGAUGAACAGAUAUGGGAUGCCAUUUGCACCAUUUGUUGGUAUAAACCACCAUGGCCAGUCAAUUCUUGUGGGAGCAGGAUUGAUAUCCAGUGAGGAUACGGCAACGUUUGUGUGA